AUGGCUCCGAACAAGCUCGCCGAAUUACCGCCUGAGCUUCUUUCCGAGGUAAUUGUUCAUCUAGAAUCUGCUUCCUCAAUCGCAAGACUCGGGACCACCAGCAAGAGUCUACGCGCAUUCGUGGAGAAAGAUGCCUGGAAAGGCUUCUGCAAGACUCAGUUCCCAACUACCGCACCACAAACCGACUGUGGUCAGGCAUAUAGCCACACCGCCCGCACCUUAACGAGCCUCUCACAAGCCUUCGAUCGGAGGGCGUUCAUUGCAAGAUACAUCGAGCCACGCGGUGAAGUGACCGCAUUUCCGCAAGGGAAGAAGCUUGAAAGAUGGACACGGCCACGCGGUCAAACAAUUGGAUUCAUACCUCAUCUGGACGUGUACGAAGAUAUCUCCUCAACCAGUAGAGAGGAACAUUUGGCAUUCAGUGCCGGCGCCGAGGUCUGUCUAGGACAGACAUCGCGUAGGAAAAGUUCAGAGAAGACAGCAUGGACAACAUACAAACCACACUCGGCGUGUGAGGGAAGAGACGAUGUUACAAGCCUUCACUUAGUGCGUCCGGAGGUUGGUGGAAAGUCCAAGAGGGAAAUCAUCAUCGGAACAGCGAACGGAGACUUGCAGCUGGUGACUCUCCCAUCUGGCUCCGACGAUCAGAAGGUGGAAAUUACCUACUUCACUACGCAAGGCCUACCUGUCAGAUCGAGCAGUCUCUAUCAGCGACCCGGUCAACCCGCGAUUCUCGCGGCAAGUCUGGGCGAGUCUAAGAUAGCUCUGUAUCAGAUCGAUCGAGAGCAAAGGAAGAUUGCUCCUUCCAGCGAGAUGACACUCAAGCCUGUCCUUCGUGCUGAUGGUAACCCUUCUACCCAACAUCGCGCAUGGUCAACGACAAUGCUCUCCUCGAGCCUCCUGGCGGCCGGUGUGGGGCCCUCUACUGAACCAAUACACAUCUAUCCUAUCACCGAAGCUGGGAUAACAAGAGACGCACUCAGGAAGUUCAGUCUGAACAUCGACGGCGACAAAGUAGACAAUGGGUCCAGCUCGCCCGCUGGCCUGAUGUCGUCCGUGUACACCAUCGUGCCUCUGCCAUCUUCGUCAGACUCGAGCUCAAGCAACGUCUUCCUCUCCGGCGCUUAUGACGGCAUUGUACGACUUCACGACCUCCGUUCUAGCCGUGACUUGGAGCAGUCAUACAUCGAUCCCGCAGACGAUAGCGCAAUUUACAGCAUAUUACCGCGCGGCCAGGAGAAAUUGUUGACUGGAACCAGCAGGCACAAUUUGCUGAAAGUUUUCGACCUGAGAUUAGGCAAGAAGUGCUACGACUACAGAAACGCAAGUAAAGCUGGACGAACAAAUCUUGGCUCCGAAUCCGACUUCAACAUCUUUCUCCGAUCAAAUGAACCGCCAGGGCAAGGCAACAGAGGCUGGCAAAGGAACCGCACGAAGGAGUCCAGCGUCUACUCGCUCGCGUCGUCUUCUGCCGACUCCCCGUACAUAUACGCCGGGCUGGAGAAUGCCAUCAUGUCUCUCGCAUUCACCGAGAUACUGGACGACCAUCCUGACUCGACGUUCUUCGAUCCGUGGUCAUCACGAACCGAUAAGAAGCUGGCAUCAAGCUCGAGAAUGGUCAACGAGAGAGAAGUCUUGAGCCUCGCGAUGUACGAUCAGGGAUCGAAUAUGAGUCUGCGUGUUCAGCGGAGUCCGUGGGAGACAUGGCAAUUCUGGCGGAGUACUGCGCAGAAGACCCGUGGGAAGCUCGAUGAGAGAUGGAGGAGCUCUGCUGAUACAGGCAUCUGA